AUGGUGGCGAAUGAGGAUGUGCUAGUCCACGCGAUCAAUGAGAUAGGCUCAAGGGUCGGUGUUGAUACCAACUAUCAUCACUUGAAAGCGCUCUACGACAUGAUGAAGAUACCCAUUGAUGGAGGAGUUGUGCACACACAAGCCUGGUUCCUUCGUCGCCUCAUGUCGAUGUACAACGACGUGUGCCGGCGGCCACACUUGCCGCGGGAACCGGCAUUACGCCGGAUCCUCUCAGGGACAGGUGUGGACCUUUCACUUUAUGGUCCUGCUUCCGCUGAGAAUCUGGAGAAAGAGGUUGAGGUUGGUGAAGGUGAAAAAGAAGAGGAAGAAGAGGAGGGAGGUGAAGGUUCAGAGUGCCCAGAAACUGAACAGGAAGAGGAAGACCCAUGCCCCUUAGAAUCAUAG